GCUUUUUAUAGUUUUACAUCUUGUAGAGCUCUUGUAGUAUCAUAGUGCUCUUCUUACUUAAGAUGGGACAUCUACGACAGCUAGAAGAAGUAAUGCAUUGAUCAUAGAAGAGGCCAGUUGGUCUACAUGUCCUCUUGCACCAAACCCAAGGCCUGCACUUUCCAUUUGUAUUAUUUCUGAUGUAACCAUAUUGCAGCUACAGCUUUUAAUGGCUAAAGCAAUUUGGUUGUUGUAGUAGUUAGCUCUGCAUUCAGGGAUUUAGGUGUGUGUUAUUGUCGGUAGCUAUCAAUAAUCUUGUGGGGUUAUUUUAGCAAAGUUUUGUUUUGACUUUACCAUGACCUAGUGUUGUCGAACUUAAUGUUGUACUGUCUUGCUUGAGUACAUGGUACAGUGGCUUGCACUCAAUUGAUAGCUUCAAAUUUGUUGGCCAACCAUUUAUUAGUCACUCCAACCUAUCAUAUUGCUUGUGGGCCUGACUUUCUAUCGUUUCUCUUUCGUAGUUAAAUGCGUCUUCAGAUUUACGAGAAAAUCACGUGUAAUCUCUGGCCUGAGUUUAGUUUACUUUCUCGCCUUAGAUCUUUUAAAAAAUUGUAAAUGAUUUGAAUCAAAUUGCUUGAAAGUGGUUUGGUGGUUUUCAGCUUUAAGUUUGAUCAGCUUCAGGUUUGGAUGGUGUCAUCUUCAGGUUACAGUAAAUGAAGUUCCAAGUGGGAGUUUCCCUUGCUUGUUUUAUAAGUUUGAUUUCGAUUCAGCAAAGUCUCAGUGAUGGUGUAUCCAAUACUUCUGGUGUAACAGAUUGGACAUGUAGAUGUUCUGUUUCGUUUCAAGGAAACCGGAGCUACACUCUAGAAUCUAACUGUUCAGCAUCCUGUAAUUGCAGUCAGGAUGAUGGAAGUAAUAGCAAAUGGACAUGUAUAUGUGAUGCCAAUGGCCUUCCUAAAGUGGCAGCUGAUGGUCAUGAUACUAGUUGCUUUACAGCCUGCAACUGCACUUCUGGAUCUCUUGAUGUAGCACAAUCUUCGAAAAAGCGCUCUUCAAGCAAAGUUGUUGUGAUUGUUCUUUUACUAUGUGUCAUACUUACAACUUUCGCUUUUCUUGCCUCGGUGGCAUGCUACUUCUAUCGAAGGGACAAGUGCACUGUUCACCCACCAAUAUUUUCAUCAGAUAAGGAAACGAGUUGCAACAGUGGUACCGACUUAAUUAGCCAUAGGAGUUCCUCAAUGGUUGAGACCAAAAUUUAUAUAAAUUCCCCCAUCAAUCAAGGCAUAGGGUGCUUUACCUCUUGCUUAUUUGGAAGCAAAACAGGACCUUCACCUGGAGCAAUUAUUCAAUUUUCAUAUUUGGAGCUGGAAAAUGCAACCAAUAAGUUUUCGGAUUCCAAUCUAAUAGGACUUGGAGGAAGUAGUUAUGUUUAUCGCGGUCAACUCAAAGAUGGAAGUAUUCUGGCGGUUAAGCGCCUCAAGACUCAGAAAGGGCCUGAUAUGGAUUCUGUCUUUUUAACUGAGAUUGAACUGUUAUCCAGACUUCAUCAUUGUCAUGUGGUACCUUUGCUUGGCUACUGCUUCGAAACCCAUGGAAAACAUACUGAGAGGUUAUUGGUAUUUGAGUACAUGAAUAAUGGUAAUCUGAGAGAUUGUUUGGAUGGGUCUGAAGGGAAAAACAUGGAUUGGAAUACUCGAGUACAAAUUGCCAUUGGAGCUGCAAGGGGUCUGGAAUAUCUCCAUGAUGCAGCUGCUCCAAGAAUACUGCAUAGAGAUGUCAAAUCCACAAACAUUCUUCUGGAUGAAAAUUGGCAAGCAAAAAUAACUGAUCUUGGUAUGGCGAAACGCUUAAAAGCUGAUGGUCUCCCUAGUGCAUCUAGUUCUCCGGCAAGAAUGCAAGGUACAUUUGGUUAUUUUGCACCGGAGUAUGCAAUUGUUGGAAAAGCAUCUCUCAAGUCAGACGUUUUCAGUUUUGGGGUAGUUCUUCUUGAGCUUAUCACUGGCAGGAAGCCCAUUCACAGAUCAACCAACAAGCUAGAAGAAAGCCUUGUCAUAUGGGCUACCCCUCGUUUACAGGAUAGUAAGCGAGUAAUAGCAGAGUUGCCUGAUCCUGAUUUGAAUGGGAACUACCCAGAAGAAGAUAUGCACAUAAUGGCUUACUUAGCAAAGGAAUGCCUACUCUUAGACCCUGAUUCUAGACCAACUAUGAGUGAGGUUGUCCAAAUCCUUUCUACUAUUGCACCAGAGAGAUCUAAAAGGAGAGGCAUGCCUGUAAAUUUGUUUCAGCACAUGGGUCUUAAAGAAGCUGUGGAGCUAAGGCAAGACAAAUCCGGAAAAUGUUCACUUCGGUGUUCACUGCCACUAGAUAUUGACCGCAACCUCGGUGUUGAAAGAAGUGAAGAUACCGCUUCAGAUAAAUAUAUGGAAAGAUUGAUCCUCUUGACUUCAAACGCUAGGAGUUGGCGUGCCUCUGAUGAUGAAACAGUGGACUUGACUGAGCCCAGGUUCGAGUCAUUUUCCAUAGCAAAUACUAAACCUCUAUGACACCAAGAAAAAUGGAAGAGAACUAAAAGAUGGGUGAAGCAAUAGGUUUGUUUCUGAUGACACCAAAAAUGGAAGAGAACUAAAAGAUGGGUGAAGCAAUAGGUUUGUUUCUGAUGCUUUGCAGUAGGUUUGUCAAAGAAAUGAGGAAUAAAGAUAUUUCCGAAGACUUGUUCCUCUAUAUAUCUUUCGUUCUUUGGAAAAGAAAAGGGAAGAAAAUGAUAGGCUACUGUGUCAGUUCAUUAUAUAGUUACCUUUGUUGUUUGAUAUUCUUUAGAUAAUAUGCUGAUGAGUUGGGCAUAUUCUUUUCUUGUACAGAAGAAGUCAUAGAAAAACUCAAAAUACGUUAGGAGAUGAACCGAUGGUUGUAACUCAGUCAUGAGCAAAAAAAAAAGACAGAAAAAAUAGCAUUGAAAGGAUAAUUAUUGAGUUUUGUGCUUCAUUGUAAUCAGCAGUUGAGUAUACUUGGUAUAAGAAAACUUUGUUCAGAUGAGUUGA